AUGACGCAGGUCUAUCGCGAGCGCGAUGUGCGCUACACGAGGGAGCACAGUCCUUCCUCGUCCGACGACGACAAAUACAAAUCCACCACCGUGAGACGGUAUAAAGUUAGUGGCGGAGGCAGGGUCGUGGAACACGAUCGCGUAGACCGCUUCGAAGACGAUGACGACCGCCGAUCGAGACAAUCGCACUCUCAUUCUCACGCCGGCCGUUCGUCCGGCGACAUGUUGGAAGUCGAGCGUCGCGUCGAGAGAACUUCCUACCCCGAGCGUCCGCGGUCGGCCCUCGAUUCGCACGACAGAUGGCGAGUUGAAUUUGAGAGAGAGAGAGAGGCCGACCGAGACCAUUACCCCGAGCGGCAUUCUCGGACCAAGGUCGUCGAGGAGACGAGAGAGACCUCGUCGUCGCCUCGCGACUACUACUGGGAGCGCCAAUCGAGACAGCCGUGGGACGAGUCCCGGGAGGUAGAUGUUCGCCUCGAGAAACGUGUUGUACGUCGAGAGCCCGACGGCGACGUGGAGAUCAAGGAGAAGGCUAUUGAGGAACGCAAAGAAGAUCCCCGCGACUACAAGGAACGAGACGUUAGGAUUGAGCGCCGCGUCUACGAGGAAAGGGACCCCCGCGAUUUUGAGGUCGAGCGAUACAGAAGGGAGGUUGAGUACUACACAGCCCCCUCCCCGCCGCCCGCGGCUUCGCCCGUCAUCGUUCGCCAAAAGGCUCCCGAGCAGAAGGUAAUAAUCAACGAGGCCCCUGCGCAGGCCCCCGUCAUCCUCCCGCGCCAAGAGCCAACUGUCAUCUUCCUGAGGGACGAGCGUCGUGAGGUCGCGCGUCGUCCCGAGCCGCGAGAAGAGGAUUAUGCCUACCACCGAGAUGAGCGGCGCCGCCGCGACGAGCGCGCGUACGAGAGCGACGGAUACGAGGAGGAUUACUACGUGAAGCGGACGAUAAUAACGCGGGACCGUAGCACGAGCUCAGACCAUCACAGAAAACGACACCUUGCCGAAGGCGCUCUCGCCGGCGCCGGCCUUACGGCCUUGCUGGCGGGUCGUGGCGGCAAGGAUGGCGAGCACCGCGACCAUAGAGGCCGCAAGGUUAUUGCCGGCGCCGCCCUGGGAGCUCUCGGUACCGAGGCCGUGCGACGAGCGAAGAGCGCGUACGAGGAUAGACACGAAGACUACGAAGACGAUCAUCGCCGACACCAGCACCGGAGUAAGUCACGUAGCAGGCUUACUACCGGCUUGGCUAUCGGCGCCGCUGCACUCGCUGUCGCUGGUGGACUCAAAUACAUGCAGAACAACAAGGUCGAGAAGGAAGAAGCUACCCGUGGACGUGCGCGACGUCGGCAUUCCGAGGGCGAAUAUUCGCAAUCACGAAGCCGGUCCGGUCGUAGCCAUAGCAAGUCGAACAUGGCCAAGGCAGCUCUGGCGACUAGUGCCCUCGCUGGCCUGGUGAAACAUUAUAGAUCCAAGUCUCGAGGGAAGUCCGGGUCGAAGUCCCGGUCGAAGUCUCGUCUGAGAACUGGUGCCGAGAUCGCCGCAGCCGGGCUGACCGGCGCGGCGGCAGAGAAGCUGUGGGAGCAUCACAAGGACAAGAAGGAGCGCGAGCGCGAGCGCGAGCGUCAUAGGGACUCAGAUGACGAGCACGAGCAUCGCAGUAGGGGCCGGAGCUAUUCAAAGAGCCUCUCCAGGUCCAGUUCGAGGUCUCACAGCCGCAAUCUGCACUCGCGAGACUCUACGGCUGAUAGAGAAUUAGGACUGGUUCCCAUUCCCGGCGUGGAAUACGGCAGUGAACCAAUUGACAGUUACGACUCCGCGACCGAGGAACCAGGACGCCGGCGUCGCGGCAACCAUCAUCGGCCGUCCUCCGCAUCCGAAAAGGAGGCGAAGAAGAAGAGUCACAGUGCGCUUCGUAAUGUCGCAGCCGCGGGGCUCGGCACCGCAGCGGCUAUCGGUAUCAAGAAGUAUCAUGAUCGGCAGAAGAGCAAAGAGCGAGAAGAGAAGUCGAGAGAGAGCAGUCGGAUUUACGAAGAAGCAACAGCAGCGGCGGCAGAUCCGUACAACGGGUACGAUGUCGAGGCGCCACCCCCCUCCCCUCCUCACCAGUCAGGCGGCUUCCCGCCGCCACCACCUAAUACCUACACGCCACCGCCGCCGCCGAUGGCGACGACGGGACCGACUGGGUUCACACAGCACUCCAAUCUAUCGACGACCAACAUCGAUACCUACGCACCGUACCCUCCCUACAACCCGCAAGACUACAUCAACCUGCCACCGCCGCCGCCGGGUCCACCGCCGCCAGCGUCCCGCGCCGCGCCGGGCGCGCGGCCAGGCCCAGAAAACGUGAGUCCUCACCAUCAUGACAAUGAUCCGCCCUCCGGUGACACCCAGUCCCACCCUGAUGCCUCCCGGAGCACGGCCACCGAGAAGGAUGGUCUAAACCUACCGCCUCCCUCUCCCGCCGCCAGCGUUGCCUCGGCGCCCUCAGCCACCGCAUCGAGAGUAAAGUUCGUCCCGCUCUCACCCAAGUCUUCGCAGACUCUACGUCGCCUCCGGCGUAAGCGUUCCCUCGACGAGGGGGUCUACUACCAUCGCCACCACAACCAUGAGCGCGACGCUGACGAUGGCUCCCCUUCGCGCCGACAUCACCAUCACUCCGCAUCUGACACCGAGGCCUCCGACCGCCACUCGCACGCGCACCACCGGCGGCAGCGGAGGCGCGAAUAUGCGGGGACUUAUCGCGACAAUAGCAGUGAAGACGACGUAGAGGUUCUCCCCGACCGGUUCGACGCGUCGGGGCGGCCGCUCGACGCUGUCGCCGCCUACAACAGUAGCAGCAACAGUCGCGGCGCCAGGGUCCCGAAACAUGGCACGUUCGAAUUCACGCCCCGCGACAACCGCGACGGGAACUGGCGCGUGCGCGGCGCAUGGAGGACCAUCGGUGGUGGUGGAGAAGGACGCGCAGACGGAGGGGAUGCGGACGUUGGGGAGCUCGCACGGACGCUAGGGGGCCUGCUGCUACAAGGCGGAGGUGGAACGGGCUGGACGGGGGUUCUGGGACGCGCGCUUCAGGCCGCGUAG